UCGAAAUAUGUACCAUGAUUGGUAAGGAAAGGCCAGGUAUGAAGAAAGUUUAAACAUGAGUUGAACGGUGGAGGGAGCCGUUCGUUGUGCGUCCACCAACCGUACACCGCAGUCGUGCUCAGCCAUCCCCGCCGCGACAAUAUUUGUUGAAGUGCUGACACAAUACAACCGUCAUCUGCUUAUCGGCAUCGAGUGGCAAUAUGGAAUGCGGCAAUUGCUUGUGGCCGGCUGUAUAGGAAUGUCGCACUGACGUCAUCGUCUCGCAUCUUCCCACCGCUGCACGUAUCGUUCAUUCGCGGAUCACUACCGGUGAUUCAUCGUCGAGUUAUCCGUCACUUGGCCUCGGGUUGCCCGUCGUAGUAAGUUCUAAGUAGUUGCCACUAGUCGUCGACGAGUGCCCAACACUUUCAGCAGCAGCAGCGCAUACGCAUCGGACGUCCUGUCCUCACUGUUCGCCGACCAGCCGCGACCGAGUAACCGUUACACCGAAAACACUCGCUAUGGCCAUGGAACCGGAAGAACACUUCAAGACGCCUGAAUGGGUUUCGCGGUUGGAGAACAAACAUAAAAAAUAUCAUAAAUUAGCUCAUGAAAUUGGAUCUGGUUCAAGUUGUUUAAAAUGUGAAGAUGCAUGUCCUGGCUUGGAUUUACAUUUUUGGCGAAAGGUUUGUAAAAACUGUAAAUGUAAAAGAGAAGAACACAGUAUUGCAGAUGAUGAUGAGUAUAAACAGUUGGAUAUUUUAUUUAAUGAUUCUAAAUCAAAUUACCAACCAGUUAAAGCAGUGUUGAAUAUGAUUAUUAAACCUGAUGGUGAUCAUUUUGUUAAAAAACUAGAAACUGAUCAAAAUCAAAACACAUAUAAAUUUGAUUGGGUUCCACCAAAUGUUCAUAAAGAUCUUGCUUCAGAAUAUAUGCAAUUGUUACCAUCUGAUAAGCUACCAAUUAGUGGCAGUGAAGGAGCUAUAUACAGACGUCAGCAAUUAGAGAAACAAGUUCCUUUGCAUGAUUUUAAUGCAAAUGUUUGUCAUAAUCUUACUGCUGAAGAAGCUGAUGCUAUGACUUCUUAUUUACAAAACUUAAAAGAGAAUGCAGUUGGUCAGGGAUUGGUCAAGAAACUGGCUGAUAACACUAAUAACUCACUUCAAUUGUUUAAAAAUAUGAACCUCACUCCUAAACCAUUUAAAAAAAUUAAUAAUCAGCAGUUUGAUGAAGAAGAAUUUCCACCACCUCCUUCAGAGCUUUUGUAUCCAUCUAACACAGAAUUAAAAACACCGAGCUCAUUUUUUGGUUAUAAAAGCUAUUCUAAAAAUAAUAAAUCAGAAGUCAAUAUACUAGAUAAUGCUAAUAAUAAUCCAGCUGUAUCUGAAAUGAUUUCACAAAGAUCAACUUCAAACAUAGCCAAGUCUGAAUGUUUGCCUCAACAAUGUACAAAUUUUUCAUCCAAUAUUCAAAAUGAUAAUUAUAAACCUAUGCUAUAUGAUCAGAAUGCUGAUAUAUCAUCAAAAAAUGAAAUUAUAACAGGUUCAAAAGAAUGUAUUACAUCUAAUGCUGAUACAUGUAUUCUUACUGAUGAUAAAGAAUUAUUUUGUAAACAAUGUAAGAAAAAUGUAUAUCCUGGUCAAAUUGCUGUUAUGACUGAACGAACUGGUAAAGAAGUUUUUUGGCAUCCAUCAUGCUUUGUUUGUGUUACGUGCGAGGAACUGUUGGUUGAUCUUGUAUAUUUUUUCAAUAAUUGGAAUGUUUACUGUGGUAGACAUUAUGCAGAAAUUUUGAAUAUACCCAGAUGUAAUGCAUGUGAUGAGUUAAUAUUUUUGAAAGAGUAUACAAUUGCUGAGGAACAUACAUAUCAUGUUCGUCAUUUUUGUUGUUUUGAAUGUGAUAAACCAUUAGCUGGAUUAGAGUAUGUAGUGAUUGAACAUCAGCCAGUUUGUUUAGAUUGUUAUGAAAUUAAAUAUGGCAAAAAAUGUGAAACCUGUCAUAAUAGUAUAGUGGCUACUGAAACCAGGAUUGGUUGGAAGGAGUUGAGUUGGCACCAGUCUCCAGCAUGCUUCAAAUGUUAUCAGUGUUAUACAUCUCUCUUGGGUAAAAGUUUUACUGUUAAAAGUGAUAAGCCCUUAUGCAGUAAAGAGUGUGUAAAAUCUUUUCUCAAUUCCACAGAAAUUUAAUUUUUCAUUUAUACUAUACACAAGAUGAUUCGUUAAACAAUCCUGAUAUUUAGUGUUAAAAUAAUGAAAACCUACUUCAUCAUCUUAUCACAAAAUAAUUUCUAUUCACGUUUUUAAGUAAGGUGUAUAAUAAAUUAAGAAGAUUAAACAGAUUGGAAAUCAAAUCCAUUUCUGUGAUAAUUAUGAAAUUUUUAUUUUCAUAAAUAUUGUCACUAUUUUCAGAA